AUGAAUAAAGACACAAGUUCACAAGAAUAUCUUGACUUGAAAGCUGAAUUGCGUUCAUUACUGAUUAGUUCACAGCAAGGUUGCGAUGAACAACAGCUACUGAGAGAUUAUAAUCAAUAUAAUGGGCGCAGAAUACCCUAUAGUGACAUGGGUUAUUCAAGUUUACUUGAAUUAUUAAUAUCAAUGCCAGAUGUUGCACGUAUUGAUCAGUUUAGAGGAACCACAACGAUACAUGGUGUUGCUGAUCAAAAUACAGCUCAUAUAAAAAAACUUGUUAUGGCUCAAAAAAGAAAAAAAAAUACACGUAGUACACGUGGCGGGCCGUAUAGAAGUAAUAUGAACAAUCGAACAAAUGUUUCGUCGACGUUUUCAAGAAAUCGACAGGGCUCAUACAAUGGUGCUUCUAAUGGCAUUCCAUCUCAAUCGUACAAUCAAAAUAAACCUAUUCCGAGACCUUAUUUGAAUACAUUUAAUAGCCAAAAUCAAUCAGUACCACAGCAAUAUACUACAAUACCGUAUGUUUCAUCAUCUGUGACAACUGAUUCUGUCCGAAAUCAAAAAUUUCCUACUCCGAAAGAAAAUAGUGAAUCUCUCAGCAAAAUGUCAACAAAUAGAAUGGUUGCUUCAUUUCCACCGAAAACUAGUCUGACCCCAUCACCGACUUCAGUAUUACCUUUAGCAGCGGGUUCUAUUCGAGAAACGCCAACAAUGGAUGAUACGUUAUCAGUUAUGGACGAAGAUUUAAUAUAUUCGGAAGAUGAUGAAUUAGCCGUUUAUGAUCAACAGAGAGCCGAAGAAUAUGGAGAAAACAUCAUUUUUCUUCGAAAACGAAUACGACAAAAAACGUUUCACGAAGAAUUAAAUCUUGAGAAAUUUCAAUUAAAAAAUUUAAUGGCGUUUUUUGAUUGUGUAUCAGAUUUUGUGAACUCUGAACGUGAUCGACUACCUGCUUCGACCGAUCGCAUUUUCUUUUUGAAACCAAAAUUUACUGAGGCAAUUAAACGAGAAUUGCAAUUAGCUGAACAAAUGAAGUCGCCUGCAACAUUAUCGAAUGUUGAUGAUAAUCAAAAUUUAGCGACAUAUCAAACAAAUGGAAUUCCUCGACCAUUGGUGGAUCGUUCAUCGUUUGUUUCACUCGAUUUUCAAUAUGAACAAUUGAAAUAUGAAUCGAAUGAGCCAUUUAUUGGAUUUUUAGGCUCUGUAGAAAAUCCAUGGAUUAUUCAUAUAGGAAACAUUCAAUUUUUACCGAAACGUGAUCAUAUGAUGAUUCAAUUACAAGAUCAUUAUAAUCACAUGUCAAAUGAAUCAAUAUAUGUAAUCCCAUUCGAACAAAUAGAAAUGAAUUUAUCCGGUGUAUAUUCUCAUGAAAAUGGUGAAUAUUAUCGUGCAUCUAUAAUUCAUAUCGAUGCGAUACCCAACACGGAUAUAAAAAGAUUAAGACUUUAUCUUAUUGAUUAUGGUAUCAUUAUAUAUAAUGUAAAUUAUCAUUUAAAUUCAACAAACUUAAAAUUUCUUCAUAAAAAUUUCUCAACAUUACCAACCGAAGUCUAUGAUUGUCGCUUGGCUAAUAUUCAUCCUCCGCCAACAUCCAUCGAAUGGCACGAUGACGCACGUCAAUUUAUUAAUAGUUUUAUUGACGGAGUAUAUUUCUCUGUUCAAGUUGUUGACUAUAUGAAUCCAUUCUAUUGUAUUUAUCUAUGGAUUGAACAAAAAUCAAUGAAUGAAUUACUAGUUCAACAUGGUUUUGCUGUUGAGUUCGAUGAUGUGAAAAUUGCAACCUUUGAGCCACCGUCAUCAACUUUACAAACAAUGCCAAGUGUUCAAUCAAAUAUGAGGAAUAAUUACAUUAAUGAAGAAUUAUUAUUGCGACAACGAGACAAUAAUAUUGAGUUUAAUGUUGAAGAAAAUAAUUUGAAGCAUUUCAUUAUUUCAAUUGAGCAUGCUUAUUAUUUCGUUAAACAUCCAUUUACAAAGAGACCAUGUUUACCAUGUUUUGAAGUAGCUCGAUUAUUAAACAUGGAUGAAACUCACGUUUCAAAAUUAAAUCUUAUUCGAGAAACGAAAAUUGAGCUAUCAGAAAAACAUAGAACAUUAUUUGACGAUUUACGUCAUUUACAAGAGUCAAGUAAAUGCCCACAUAUCAAUCGAAACGAUGCUGAGGCAACAGUUAAACUUUAUGAUCUUAGUGCUGUUAGAGAUCAUUUAUGUAAAAUUAAAUUUACGGAAGGCGACGUUAUUGAUGCUCUAGGUCAAGAAUACGAUAAUUAUGAUAGGCCUGGGUAUUGGAAUGAAGUCAAGAAUUCUUACAUAAGCGAAGACAAUCUUGAAUCGUAUCAAGAAAAUCUACACGAACGAAGAGAACUACACAAUUUCCGAAAAGAACAAUUGGUUUCAUUAUCUAAAGCUUAUAAUAAUAGUUCAUCUCAAAAUGAAAUCCAUAAUAUUGAACAAGAAUUAGAAACUACCAAUCAUAAAAUACUUUCUGUGGCAAGAAUUCAUUCGCCAACGAUUGGCAACCAUGUAACACAAUCAUUAUUAACAACAAAAGUUAAAUCUUCAAACAAUAAAAUGCGUGACACACUUUAUCGUAUCGCACGCCCAUUCGAUCAACAAUUUUCAUUGAAUGUUCGUUUUAAUCAUCAAAUAAUUACAAACGAAACAUUUAAUGAAAUCAAUGAUGACGGCGAUAUUGAAGAACGAUUUCAAGAUUUACAUCGUAUAACAAAACAUGUUAUAGAAUUUUUUAUUCUUGAAUAUGAAGUGCUCGAUGAAAAUAGUCGAGAUAUAUUUGAUAAAGCAAGAGAUAUUUUAUCAAAUUUAAUUGAAACAAAUAUUUCAUUAGAAAAUCGCAUUGAAAUAUACAAUUAUUGUUUACAAGCCAUCGAGUAUUUUCAACCAAUUAUACGAUGCAGCUUACAACGAACAGAUUCGAUUGAUAUUAUAUAUUGA